GGAGGACUGUUUCAGCCAGGAACUGCAGCUCGAGCACUAAGGAAGUGUUGGGGGCUGAGCUGCAGUAGGGUUUUCAUUUAGCUAACCUCCAAAGUAGCAGCAGAGGGGCAAAGUACAUACUGAAUUUGUGAGCGACUCCGAUCUCAGAAGAGGGAACACUGGGACAGAGAUGAUCUAGAGCUUUCCCCAAGUUUCUGCGUUUCUGCUUGUCAGCUUCUUGUUUUGUUGCUCUGUUAUGCCUGAGGGAUCAAAAGCACAUUGAAUCCGCCGUUAAAGUGUCCUGGAGAGUGGUUCCAAAGGCCAGGAUGGAGGAAGGCUAUGAACUGGAUCUGACGUACAUCACAGAGUGCAUCAUUGCAGUAUCCUUUCCCAGGGAUUGCUCUGAGGAAACCUACCUCUCCAACCUGCAGGACGUCACUCGGAUGCUCAAAUCUAAACAUGCAGACAACUAUUUAGUUAUAAACCUCUCAGAAAAGAGAUAUGAACUCACCAAAAUGAACCCCAAGACCAUGGAUACGGGCUGGCCUGACCUUCAUGCCCCUCCGUUGGAGAAGAUCUGCACCAUCUGCAAGGCCAUGGAGAGCUGGCUCAACAGUGACCCUCAGCACGUGGUGGUCAUCCACUGCAGAGGUGGCAAAAGCAGAAUUGGAGUUGUCAUUUCCUCAUAUGUACACUUCACCAACAUAUCAGCAAGUGCUGACCAAGCGCUGGACCGCUUUGCAAUGAAGAAGUUUUAUGAUGAUAAGGUGUCCGCCAUAAUGACGGCGUCUCAGAAACGGUAUGUGUGGUUCCUGAACAGUCUUCUGACUGGGUCCAUCAAAAUGAACACUUCACCCCUCUUUCUGCAUUUUGUCAUUCUUCAUGGAGUACCCAGUUUUGACACUGGUGGAGUCUGUCACCCGUUUUUGAAAGUCUACCAGGGAAUGGAAUCAGUGUACACCUCAGGAAUUUAUCGUGUGGGAGCAGGUUAUAGAAGCAGGAUCUGUAUUGCCCUGGAACCUGCUCAGCUACUGAAAGGUGAUGUAAUGAUUAAAUGUUAUCACAAGAGGUUGCACUGCGCGGCAAGAGAGGUUGUUUUUCGCCUUCAGUUUCACACGGGCGCUGUUCAUGGGCACAGGCUAGUGUUUGACAAGGAGGACCUGGAAGUCGCCUGUGAAGAUGACAGAUUCCCAGAUUAUGGGAAGAUUGAACUGAUGUUUUCGGGAAGUCCGGAGAAGGUUCAAGGCUCUGAGCUAUGGCAGAACGGCCCCGGCGUGACUGUGGACUACAACACCGCAGACCCGCUGUUCCGCUGGGACUCGCUUGAACACAUGAGCCCGGACAGUGAAGUGCCACACUCGCAGGGGCCUGUUGACGGGAAUCUGUAUGCCAAAGUGAGGAAGAAGAGCACUACAGACAGCGGACUGGCAGGGGGGCCUCAGGAUGGGUCUGUGACCAGCAGCCCGGACCACAGCGACCACGCCUUGUCCAUCAGCAGCGACUCCGGGCACUCCACGGCCUCGGUGUGGACCAGCUGCACCUCGGGGACCAAACGAGGGCCGAGCAAGAAGGAGAGGGCAGAGCUGAAACGUCUUCUGAGCGGGUUUGGGCUGGACAGCGCAGAGCCCUGCAGGGAGAUGACGGAGAGGAAGCAGCUGGUCGGCGUCCAGCACACGAUUCCGGCCCAGGUCCACGUCAAUGGGGACGUGAGGAUUAAGGACAGGGAGACGGAUAUCCUAGACGACGAGAUUCCCACCCACGACCUUCACAGCGUAGACAGCAUUGGCACCCUGUCGUCCUCCGAGGGCCAGCACUCCAAUCAGCUGGGCCACUUUGGGUACCACAAGAGCAGCCAGAAUUCCUUGCUGUCGGAUGGGUUCAGCAGUCACACAGGCGAAGAGCAGCGCCUGGCCGGUGUUCCUGACCUGGGAAUCAGCAUGGAGGACUACGAGAGGGUUUUCAACGAGUUGAAGCCGGGUCACCUCCCCCAGAGGAACCCCUCUGGCUCUCAUGUGGCACCCUCAAAGACCCAGACCUUUGGGCAGAGUGGCUACUCCACACAGACCUGGGUUCAGCAGCAGCAGAUGGUGGCCGCACAGCACUACACUUACCAGCCAGCAGAGAGUGACACGAGGUUCCCUCCAGAGAAGAGACAGAUGAGUAGCCACCCCAGCCAAACUGCAAUCCCCGACACUCCCACUAGAGGGAGCAGCAGCAGAGAUGCUGUACAGAGGGCGACUAUUGCGCUGAAGGAAUCCAAUGGCUUGCAUAUCGCAAGCAAAGAAGAAGAUUCACCUGCCUCGCUCGCUAUGGAUAUUGAUCAAUCCAUUGAGCAGCUGAACCAGCUGAUAAUGGACCUCGACCCCACCUUUGUGCCGAUACCCACUCGAUCGAAUUCAGUUAAGAGGGAGGGCACGGGGCAGGUCAAUGGAUCUGUGGCCAAGAAAGAUGAUGGAGCCAGGUUCACCUAUGGGGUGAAUCGCAGGAUUCAGGAUGGUAACAACGAGGAUAUGCAGAACACACACCAAUCAGCCCUGCAAGCCAGUGAUUCCAGCCUGGAAAGGUCAAGGAGUGUGCUUGGAGCCCGGCAGAGCAGUGACAUCACAGAGAGCUCUCUGUUCAGCAGGACCGGAUGGGUCCUGAUGGAACAGAUUCAACAUUCACCGGCCUAUGCUUCAAGCUCACAGCCUUCUGAGUGCAGUGGCCUGCAGCGCAGAGAGGUGAACGGUGAAGCUGAGAGCAGUGUGUUGUCUUCGCUGGAGACCGGCAGUGAAAUAGUCCCUCCCACUCCCGCUUUCCCUGUGUCCCCUCCAACACCUUAUGUGAGAAAUGCUCCAGAAUUUACUGAGAUGAGGAUGCAUAACCCAGCAAGCAGGGACUUUGAAGCAUACAGACCCUCCCACGAACCCAGAGGUUAUAUGGACAACAUAACCCACACCACAAUGUCUUCGGAGGGUGACUUGUUCAGAUCAGAUGUGACAGUUACAGCCUCUUCCUGCCAAAGGCCCUAUGUUUCCACCAAUAGUCCACUUCCACAAACUGAAAGCCCCUCUCCCCCUGGACGAUCCUGGCAAGACGGCAACCCCAAGGUCCCCCUGAGUGUCCGGACGUCGCUGCCCGGAGCGAGCCGGUCCAGCCCUCACUGCCUGGGAUCCAGGGAGUUCUCCGUCGGUCCCAGUCAGGGCCCGUCCCUCCUGUCUCAGUACCCCGGCUCUCACGCCUCCGCCAGCUGCCGCAGCUCUCCAAGAGGACUUCAGGCGGGCAGCCUAGCCAGCAGCCAAGCUGCCAAGGGGCCCUUCAGCUACGGGGGCAGCGUGGGUGCUGCUCAGAGGUUUCAAGACCAGGAUGACCCCUCGUUCUCCAGCUUCCCGGGGGCCGCGGACUCUCUCGGCUCCAGGAACGUGGAUCUGUCUUCUCUUUUGGACAACGGAAGCCUGGAGCACAGUUUCCUCACGGCGGUGGAAGGACUGAGCCAGCCGAGCCCCGCCUUCAGGCACGCCGGGGUGAAUGUUCAGCCGCCCCUCCCGGAGAAAAAGAGGAUUUCGGAGGGGGAGCACUCCAUAGGUUCCGCGUCUCCUUCGUUGAGCGGAUUCUCCAGCCCACACAGUGGGAGCACCAUAAGCAUCCCAUUCCCUAGUGUCCUCCCAGACUUCUCCCAGGUCUUGAGCACCUCCCCCAUCCCAGAUGCUAUUCCUAAUAAGCAGGUGACUGUAAAAUUUGUUCAAGACACUUCAAAAUUCUGGUAUAAGCCUGAUAUCUCAAGGGACCAAGCCAUUGCAAUCCUCAAGGACAAAGAGCCAGGAUCUUUCAUUGUCCGGGACAGCCAUUCAUUCCGCGGUGCAUAUGGACUGGCCAUGAAGGUGGCCACGCCCCCUCCUUCUGUACUGCAGCAGAGCAAGAAAGGUAUCUUUGUGUGCUGGUGCACUUUGACAUCUGACUUCCAGAAAUUCAGACUGAAGCAUUCAGACUUUUAUCAGCCCACGGAUGUGCAGUAAGGUUUAUGUGUGAGACUCAGGGGAGUUUGCUGUCUGCCUUUUAAACCCCUCUACUGUUGCAGAGAGCUACCAACUAGUAUUCCACUUACUUUACGUCCAUGGAAUCCGAUAGGUUUCUUUUGUUUUCUGCUUCUGGUGUGAGCUGACUUCUGUGGGGCAGAUUUACAGUGCUUUUGUUGCAGCACAAAGCUUGCGCCACUCUUUUCGAAUGGGAAUUAGAGCUGACUUGUGUUUCAGAACUAGUAAAA